AUGAUCGCGGAGACGAUGUCUCUAGGGAUUCUGGCGCUCCCAUCAGCAGUCGCGAUGUUGGGCCUAGUACCUGCUAUUCUUGUUCUCAUCUUCGUUGGCCUUCUGACAACGUACACCGGCUACACAAUCGGCCAAUUUAAAGCUGCCUAUCCGAAUGUCCAUAGCAUGGCUGACGCCGGAGAGAUUCUUAUGGGCCGAUUUGGCCGUGAGUUCCUCGGCGCUGGACAACUACUCUUCCUAAUAUUCAUCAUGGGAAGCCAUCUCCUUACAUUUGUCGUCCUGAUGGACACUCUCUCGAAUAAUAGAACAUGCGGUAUUAUUUUCGGCGUUAUUGGAAUGUUGAUUUCAUUAAUUCUUACUCUACCCCGAACACUUCAGAAGGUUUCUUGGUUGUCUAUCAUAUCGUUUUCUAGUAUUAUAAGUGCUGUGAUGAUUACAAUGGUAGCACUCGGCAUUCAACGAGUUGGCACUGGCAUUGAUUUGUUUGUAAAGACAACUUUUGCGCGCGGCUUCUUGGCAGCUAGCAAUAUUGUCUUCGCGUAUUCGGGCCACGUGGCAUUCUUCGGAUUUGCAUCUGAGCUCCAAAACCCUCGCGAUUACACCAAAUCCCUGCUUACUCUCCAGACAACCAACACCAUCGUUUACACAAUCGCUGCUGUCGUCAUCUAUUGUUUUGCUGGAAGGGAUGUUGCAUCGCCAGCUUUAGGCUCAACGGGGCCUGUUGUUAGCAAGAUUGCAUAUGGGGUCGCGUUCCCCACUAUCGUUAUUGCCGGCGUCAUAAACGGACAUGUCGCCUGCAAAUACGUAUACGUCCGGCUAUUCCGUGGCACAGAUCGCAUGUCGAAACGAAGCUUCGCUUCAAUUGGCGCAUGGGUUGGUAUUGCUGUUUUUCUCUGGCUCAUGGCCUGGAUCAUCGCAGAAUCAAUCCCCGGUUUCAACAAUCUUCUCAGUUUGAUCACUGCCCUCUUCGCAAGUUGGUUUACUCUUGCCUUAAACGGUUGGUUCGGGCUCCACCUGGACAAAGGCCGCUACUUCUCCAGCCCGAAAAAGAUAAUGGUCACCUUCGUCAACAUCUUCUGCGUCGGUAGUGGCAUCUUCGUUUGCAUCUUUGGUCUCUACGUCUCUGGGAAAUUCAUCAGUGAGGAAACGGCUAUCCACGGCAGUUUCACCUGUGCCAGCAAGACCUGA